AUGGAGGAAGAUCACGAGGAUAUCAAGGGCGAACCUGUCGAUGCAGCGCUGGGCGACAUGAAGCUGGAAGAAGGAGCUGGUUCAUCCGUAGAGGGAACCACUAUCGUGAGCGGCACAUAUGACGAGCGGAACACACCAGUCGAGCUGAGAAAAUCUCGAUCCUCAACCCCAGCGACAAAACAUUCCGCCUCACAAUCUCCUGUAAAAAUGGAGAGCGAGAGGAUAUCAACCGCUUUGAGCGACGAUGAGAUGGAAGAAGUUGACGGUGAUGAGAAUACGGUGUCAGUUGAACCAGAAAAAAUACCGAAAACUUCACGAAAAUCCGCGCCAAAAGUCGCGUCUCGACCACCGAUCCUCUACAAUGAUUUAGAAGAUGUGGUUGAAGAAGCUGUCACGAAAUUUGAUCUCCUGCAACAAUGUCGUUAUGGCUCCAAGAAAUUGGGAGCUUCUAACAGUGACCCAUGGGAUUGUGAUUGCCCAGAGGAGUGGAUCGACGGCGUGAACAACGCAUGUGGGGAUGAUUCUAAUUGUAUUAACCGCAUGACAAAAAUGGAAUGCAUUGUAGAUAAGUGCAAGUGCGGUGAUACUUGUCAAAACCAGAGGUUUCAACGGCAAGAUUAUGCUGAUGUCUCUGUCAUUAAAACCGACAAAAAGGGCUACGGUCUUCGCGCGAACACCGACCUGGACGCUGGAGAUUUUGUCUUUGAAUACAUCGGCGAAGUCAUAAAUGAGCCGACCUUUAGGAAGCGCACGAUUGAAUAUCACAAGGAGGGAAUCAAGCACUUUUAUUUCAUGUCCUUGGGAAAGGACGAAUUUGUCGAUGCUACGAAAAAGGGUAAUCUUGGUCGUUUUUGCAAUCAUUCUUGCAAUCCCAAUUGUUUCGUGGACAAAUGGAUUGUCAAGGACAAGUUGCGCAUGGGCAUUUUUGCGCAGCGCCCCAUCCAAAAAGGCGAAGAAUUGGUAUUCAACUACAACGUCGAUCGAUAUGGAGCCGAUCCGCAACCAUGUUAUUGCGGCGAACCAAAUUGUGGUGGUUUUAUGGGUGGGAAGACGCAGACUGAUAGGGAGAUUGAUUUGCCCACUGCAACUCUGGAAGCGCUAGGUAUUGAGGAUGGUAAUGGAUGGGGUCCUGCAGCCGCCAAGAAACCCCGGAAAAAGAGGUCUGGGGAGAGCGACGAAGAAUACAUCAACAGCCUCCCAGCGCAGGAACUCGAUGAAGAUGGAGUACGAACCCUCAUGGCGACUCUUAUGCAAUGCAAGGAGAAAUGGCUUGCCGUCAGAUUAAUCACACGACUGCAGCGAUGCGACGAUGAUAGGGUUCGCAAUCGAGUUGUUCAGAUGCACGGUUACCAGAUCCUGCGAACAACACUUAAUACCUGGGAAGAGGACAACGACAUCAUCCUCCGGAUUCUCGAUAUCCUUUAUAGAUUUCCUCGUUUAACAAGGAACAAGAUCAGUGACUCCAAAAUCGAGUCUGCUGUCGCUACAUUAGUCAAUUCCGAACAUGAAGAUGUCGCAUACGAAUCAAAACGGCUGAUUGAAGCUUGGAGUAAGCUAGAAGUCGCAUAUCGAAUACCCAGGAAGAAGCAUGAUCCAAAUGCUGUUGAUACCUACGAGCGACGGCCGUCGGAGCGUGAAGAGGAGGUCGCCAAAAAACCCGUCAAGCCCUUUGUAGCGCCCACGGGGCCGAAAAAUAACACUCCUCAGAAAGCAUUUUUCCCGUCAAGAGCGCCACCACCGCGACGCAACUUUCCGUUAACCUUGCCUAGGGGUUGGUUUGAAGCGAAGGACAAGAGUGGAAACACAUACUUUUACACUCAAGCUGGUACUGUAACCUGGCACAGACCUACAUUAGCCGCUGUUGAGCCGCCCCAGCCCAAAGCAAUACCAAAGAGUGUCCAGACCGCGAGAACUCUUCAGGAUAUCAUCCAAAGCAUCACAGCUGAGCAAAGUUCCCAGACGCCGACCCAGAGUGCGACAGCCGAAUCUACACCCAAAGAAAGCAAGAAACCGGUAGAAAAAUGGCGGUCAUAUCCAGAAGAGAAGCAAAUGAAGUUGUACGAGAAUACUCUCCUUCCUCACAUUAAAUACGUGAUGGCGAAAUUCGCCAAGUACCUCCCUAAGGAGGACCUCAAGAAAUUUGGUAAAGAGGUCGGGAAACUUCUUGUCAAAUCGGAUUUCAAACAUAAACGAGUCGAAGAUCCUACGAAAAUUACCGAAAAACAGGAAAAGAAAGUAAAGAGCUUUGUGCGCGAUUAUUUCGAAAAGGUUCUCAAAAAGCGGACAGCUAUUGACCAGAAGAAGAAGGAGAAAUUAGCCAAUGGUUCUUCAACUUCAGAGCUGAAUAGCACCGUCUCACCGACUGAUGAACCCAUAAGCAACUCUCCAGAAGAUAUCGAUGAUAACAUAUUCAGUCCUGAAUCACCUCCGCCCCAAAUGUCACCGUCAAUACCUCCAGCCACACCACUCGAAUCACCAUCUCGCAAACGCACACACGACGAAAUCAAUACCCCCGACAGCGAAUCCAACAAACGUCUCAAAGAAGGCGAGUCGGACGCUGUUCCUACACCACCUCCCCCGCCACCUCCACCCGAGCCAGAGGAGACAGAAGAGACAGAAGAGGAACGCGAACUGAGACUUCAAGAAGAGGAGUUAAUGAGGGAGAACGAGGAAGCGGAACUUUUGGAUAAGGACGGCGAGAUUGGGGAUGCCGUGUUACCGAGUGGGGACGUGGAUGUGGAGGCCGCCGAGCUGGUGAGGCGGAAUAAACAGGAGUUUGAGGCGAAUCAGGGCGUCGAUGUGGGUGCUAAUGGCGUAUAUAUUGAUGGGGAUGGGAUGGAGGGGUUGGAAGGCCCGGAUCUGAGUAAUGGGACUGCGAAUGCGAAGGGCAGAUCUGAGGAGGUUAUGAGUCAUUGA